CUCUUGCUAUCAUUAAACCGCACAGGCUGGCAGUGGCAGCUCAGUACUGAGAGUCUGAGCGUGACCUCUAUAGCGGUUGAAAACAUAGCGGAUCCUCGGCUCGAUCAGUGGGGUGUUUGUUUAGGUCUUCAUUUUACCUGUCAACACAGUAGCGUUACUCUGAAAUAACAGCACCGCGAGACAGGCUUAUGUGCUCCGUGCCGCUGGAUCUCCGCUCAGGGGUCCUCAGAGAGUCAGAGACAGCACUGCAGCAUCAGUAUGGGUGUGAUCAGUGUGCAGCUGGUGGUUACCAUGGUAAUGGCCAGCGUGAUUCAGAAGAUCAUACCCCACUACUCUUUUGCACGAUGGCUCCUCUGCAGUGGCAGUUUGCGCUGGUACCAGCACCCCACAGAAGAUGAGCUGAGGACUUUAGCUGGAAAACAGCAGAAAGGAGGCAAGAGCAAGAAGGACAGGAAGUACAAUGGGCACUUGGAGAACAAGCCGAUGACUAUUCCCAAAGACAUCGACCUUCAGCUGGAGACUAAAUGCAUCGCAGAAGUGGACACACUCGCUCUGCAUUAUUUUCCUGAGUUCCAGUGGCUGGUGGACUUCACGGUGGCUGCCACUGUGGUGUAUCUCAUCACCGAGCUCUACUUCUGUGUGGCAGAGCCAAGUGGAGAGAUGAACAUCAGUGUGGUGUGGAGCCUGCUGGUCUUGGCCUUUGUCAUGUAUCCCUUUAUAAUUUGAAAUACUGAAAUACUC